AUGAGCAACGGGUCUACGUCCGCAGCCUCGAAUGCCUCAAAUAAUUCAGCAGCGCCGGGCUCAGCGGCAAGUCCUUUGAGCGUAGACGGCGGAGCUUCUGUCGCCAGCCAAGGCCAAGCUCCGGCAAUCAAACGCCGAUCUCCAAUCGCAUGCCGAAGAUGUCGCCGGAUGAGAAGCAAGUGCAUUCACGAGAAGGGCAAGUCUCCGUGCAAGUCCUGUCAUGAAGCGGGCAUACCUGCGGAGGAAUGGUUAGUUACACUUGCGCCGAAUGUUCCUCGCCUAAUUCCCAUCUCUAACACCCCGCUCCCUUUACACAGCAUCUUUCCAGUCAGGGGACAACCUGAUCUGGAUCGUGAGUAUCGACACCCUCGCACGAGAGCCGAAAAGACUACGAGAAGUGGUUCGAUCAGCUCCAAGCCACGUCGCUGUAAUGCAGAUGACUCACUUGUAACUCAACAACGGCAGGCUGAUAAUUGGGAGAAUCUCCCCCCUCUCGAGGAGCUCAUUGACGGCGUCAAUCUUUUCACAAAACAGUACUUUCAACUCGGCUUUAUUCCAAAGGAGCAGUAUCCGGAGCGUCUGCGUAAGGAUUCGCGCUCAACUAGCUUGUUUCUACUCAUGGGAAUCCUCAGCAUUUCAGCUCGACUCAGUCCUGCCUUCAAAUUACGAUAUGGGACCGGUGUGAAAGCUGCCGAGUACUUUAUGGAAAGGGCAUCGUCGAUUGCGUUCGAAGAGGUGUACCAAGAACCUACACUAGAAAGAUGCCAAGCCUUUUAUUUGUUAAGCAUUGCCCAACAAGGCAGUGGUGAGCGCAACAGGAGCUAUAUUAAUAUGGGCAUUGCCAUCCGAAUGGCCAUUCUCAUGCAGCUCCAGCGAGAGGAAAUGUAUCAUAUUUCGAACCCAACACCUGAGCUCAUCAUACGCGCCGAAUCCGCAAGACGAACACUUUGGAUGUUACACAGCCAAGACAAUUUACAUUCAGGGCCCCUGUCUCCCGUGUCGCUGUCCGCAGGUGACAUCACGACACUUCUACCCUGCAACGAAGAGGACUUUGCGAAUGGACAUGAACCAAGAUCGCGAGCUGCUUUGGAAGGGACACCGCCCGCGAUGGACAACCCGGAGCUAAUACGAGAUUCCAACCGUUCGCUCUUUGCAACGCUUAUGCAGAUUCACUCCUGGUGGGGCGUAGUUGGACGACGUGCCGUCAGGUUCAGCAAGAGUCCGCGUCCCUGGGACCCAGCGAGUGAAUUCUCGCAAACCGCCGAGAAGCUGAGAGAGUGGGAAGAGAAAUUACCUCAGGAACAUAGAUGGAGCACCUAUCUUCUCAAACGGUACAAGGCGGAAAGCCAGGAAUUGGCCUAUUUCAUUAUAAAACCCGACAAAAAGGGCCACACGAAAUUCUUCACAGACAUGUCCAACGAAAUCUUCAUCAACGUGCGAUAUCUGUACGAACAAAUCGAUGCCCAAUUCACGAACAGAUCUCCGGAUGAGAGCGUCGGCGCCCAAAUUGCCGCAUUUUGUGUAUAUAGCUGUGGCUUGUUCUCAACCUACCUUUGCAAAUACCCCAGCAGUAAGCCCCCGCUCCCUCUCACCUCCCUCCCGUUCUCGAUUUACAAAUAUAACAAGCCAACACCAAACCUACCAGUCUGCCAGGACAAAGCCCUCGUCCGUGACGGACCAAUGAUGCUCCAAAGAACAAUCAACAUCCUCAAAGAAUGUCGAGAAGUAUGGCCCCUAGCAGCACGCUGGGUAGAAGCCCUCGAGAAGUUCUCCCUCGAUCCGCAGUCGGCCACGUUUGGCAAUGAAGGAAGCAUGGACGACGGGAAAGAUCCCAUCCCUCGCUUUACACGACAAUUACCGCCCCUAUUCCCCAUCACAAAGCCGAUUCUACCCCCUGCGCCUCCCCCAACUCUACCCGGACCAAACAUCCUCCCACGACCAGGAACCCAGCCUGAACUACCGCCCUCGUCAUCCAUCGGGUCACCGCACCACCAAAGCGCUAUAUCUAAUCCUGCUCCCAGCCUCCAGUUACCCUCUCCGCCGCAACAACAAACCCAACCACAACUCCAUCAAUCGCAGGGCUACCCAGGCGCAACCCUUCCAGCACCAGCAACAAUCUCCCCACACCCGUAUGCAAACCAGCUCCAGCCCCCUCACGCAGCAGUCCAACCAAACUCACACAAUAUGUACAUGCACACCCCGAUGGGCCGUCAAAACGCCGACAGCCUAAGCAUGCUCAUCGAAGCGUUUGACUCAAACAAUCCCGGCCCGCCGGCUCCGCAUUAUGGCGCGGGCAACUUCAACCCGCAACUUGUUCCUGGAACGGAUGGUUUCGAGGGCGAAUUGCAGUUUUACAUUGACGGGGCGACGUCUGCUUGGAUGAACAGCAGUGCCUGGCUGGACACGAUGCAAUGA